AGCCAAUCACUGCGGAGCUGCGGGCCCCGCUCACCUCUAGGAUGGAGGCGCUCGCUCCGACCCGACCCGGACAGGUGGGGCCGCGCAGCCUCCCCAAAGCACCCAGUCCCCCGACACUUGCAGCUGCCUCGGCCCGCACCCUGAGAUCUGGCGACCCCACCUCUCCCCGACCCGGCCGAGGUGUGAUGCCGCCCGGGGCCCCGCCUCCCGCCGCCGCGAGCCCCUGGCCGUGAGAGGGAGGGAGGCAGCUCUGCGGAGACGGUCCGCUCCGGGAGGGCGCCCCCGGGCGGGAGGACCCGCGCUCGCAGUGCCUGGCGGCGCGCACGCUCAUUUGGGCACCGGCGGGCGGGGCGGCGUGACGUCACCCACUGACCCCCACCCCAUCCCGGGCGAGGGGCGGUGGCCUCCCAGGCUCCACGGGACGGACGCACGGAGGCACCGGGACAGAGGGACGGGCGCGCGGCCAGGCCAUGCCCGGGGAGGCGGCCCGCGCCGAGCUGCUGCUGCCGGAGGCGGGCGGCCCAGGGGUCCGCACAGACGGGUCCUGUGACACGGCCGCAGCCACCACACCCAGAGGGGACCAGCCUGAGCAGUGUGCCCUGACCCCUGGGCCCAGCCCGCUGGACCUCACCUUCCUGCUCAGCAAGCCGGGCGCCCGGCCCCCGCCUGAGGGAGCCAGCGGGGAUGUGGGGCCUGGCCGGGCGCUCUCAGCCUGGGCGGUCCCCAUGGAGGGGGGCCCCAGCCCAAGGCCCCCCGAGGUGCAGCCUGCCGAGCGGCCUCUCCCAGCCACUCUGGAGCCCCGGAUUGUGAUGGGGGAGGAGACGUGCCAGGCACUCCCACUACCCUGGGCCGCCCCGCCACAGCUCAGGGACCCGGAGGGGGGGCCUGCCAGCCUGCACUCCCCCACGUCGUGUUCUCGGGGUGACCCUCCUGUGCCUUUUCCUGCCCCAGACCCCGAUUCCUAUUUCACACCUCCUUCCACUCCCAGUGAGACCCCUGCCUUGCCCCCCAGCUCCGGGCCCUGCAGGGACGCCCAGGCUGAGGCCAGGCCCGUGGGGGACUCACCGCCCACCUCACCCUCAGGCUCCUACGUCACCGCGGACACAGAAAGCUGGGCCUCGUCCCCUUCCCCUUCCUGCUCCCUGAGCCUGGCUCCCGAGGAAGGGCUAGGGGUGCCCUCGGGCCGCGGCUUCUCCCCGCCCGGUUCUGAGACGCUGGAGCAGGACUGGCCCCCCACAGGGUCCCCGAGGUCCUCGUCCCCUGAGUCCAGCCUCUCCACGGACAGCAGCUCCUCCUGGGACCAGGAGGGCCACUUCUUCGACCUGGAUGUCCUGGCCCAGGACCCAAUGAUCCCGGCCGCCCUCCUGCCGUUCCGGGGCAGCCUGCUCUUCCAGGUGGAGGCGGUGGAGGUGACGCCCCUGUCCCCCGAGGAGCAGCAGGAGCAGGAGCCAGAGGCUCCAGCCUCCGACGGGGACGGGGCCAGCGAGGACAGGGACGACAGCACCUUCGCCUCCUCCCUGAGGUCACUGUCCGACCUGUCAGUCACCGAGGGCGUGGACGAGGCCUUCGCCUUCUGGGAUGACACCUCUGCCGUCUCCUCGGACCCGGACUCGGCCUCCUACCCUGGAGCAGAUGACGAGAGACUGUACAGCGGGGAGCCCCACGCGCAGCCCACCGCCCUGCAGGUCGGCCCCGUGGUCUCCGAGGGAGACGUGGGCACGUUAGUCCCCGGGGCCAGCCCCGCUCCAGGCCCCAUGUCCCCGGUGGCCCUGGCCCGCCACACCCCGCUGGAAGCCUCAGGGGCCCCAGAAGUGACCGCUCAGGCUGGGUGGCAAGGAGCAGGCCUCAUCGCUGGAGCAGGGCCCGUGCCCAGGGCCACACCUGGGUCCUGGCAGGAGCGGGCCUGCACCACCCCGGCCCCUGAGCCCAGGACUGAGCCCCAGACCACGCAGGGGGCGGGCAGGGCACCCAGCCCAGUCGCUCUGCAGGCCCCGAGGGCAGACGCAGGCGGGGCCCCCAGGACCCAGCCCAUGGCCUCCGCGGCCCAAGGGGCAGCUGGGGGGAAGGGCCUGGGCUGCACUGGAGACCUGGAGCCUCCGGUCCUGGACCAGACCCGCCAGGGUGGCCGGGAGCUCGCUGCAGAUGCGGGGACAUCCUGUGCCUCAUGUGGAGAUGCAGGCCCCCGCAAGCCUGCCUUGGAAACCCCAGACACCCCUGAGCCUGCCAUGGAGGCCCAAGACAGACCUGAACUCACCUCAGAGGCUCCUGACACCGCAAAGAUCCCAGACCCCCCCACUUUCACCCCGGAGAUCUUGGAGCCCACUGCGACCAUCCAAGACCAUCCAUACACCCCCACAGAGGUACUGGGAACCCCAGGCCUCUCCAAGGAAGCCUUGGGCCCCCCUGAGCCUGCCUCUGAGACCCCGGACCCCCCAGAGGAUGCCUCGAAGACCCAGGACACCCGUGAGGAUGCUGCAGAGACCCCGGGCCCCCCCGAGCCUGCUGCAGAGACCCUGGACCCCCCAGAGGAUGCCUCAGAGACCCCGGACCCCCAGAAACUGCUGCAGAGACCCCGGGUCCCCCAGAGGAUGCCUCAGACCCCGGACCCCCCAGAGGAUGCCUCGGAGACCCCGGACCCUCCAGAAACUACUGCAGAGACCCCGGGCCCCCCAGAGGAUGCCUCGGAGACCCCGGACCCCCCAGAGGAUGCCUCGGAGACCCAGGGCCCCCGUGAGGAUGCUGCAGAGACCCCGGGCCCCCCAGAGGAUGCCUCAGAGACCCCGGACCCUCCAGAAACUGCUGCAGAGACCCCGGGCCCCCCAGAGGAUGCCUCAGAGACCCCGGACCCCCCAGAGGAUGCCUCGGAGACCCCGGGCCCCCGUGAGGAUGCUGCAGAGACCCCGGGCCCCCCAGAGGAUGCCUCAGAGACCCCGGACCCCCCAGAGACUGCUGCAGAGACCCCGGGCCCCCCAGAGGAUGCCUCGGAGACCCCGGGCCCCCCAGAGGAUGCCUCGGAGACCCCGGGCCCCCCAGAGGAUGCCUCGGAGACCCCGGGCCCCCCAGAGGAUGCCUCGGAGACCCCGGGCCCCCCAGAGGAUGCCUCGGAGACCCCGGGCCCCCCAGAGGAUGCCUCGGAGACCCCGGACCCCCCAGAGGAUGCCUCGGAGCCCCCGGAGGAUGCCUCGGAGACCCCAGAACCCCCUGAGCCAGCCUCCAGUGGAGAGGAAAGCGCCAAAGGCCUGCUGGCGCCCAACAGGGGGGCCCACCUGCCUGCUGGUGUGGGAGCUGAGGUCCCCGGGGCAGGAAACCAGGGAGACACAGGCUUUGAGUCAGCACCCCAGGGCGCUGGGAAGGCUCCUGGGAGCGGCUGCCCCGAGGGUGGGCGGGUGCAGCCCCAGAGCCCAGCAGAGGGCGGAGGGGGCCCCUCGGGGCCCAGGCUUCUGUCGGCUGUGGCUUCUGAGUCUCCAUCAAGGGCUGUGCCCAGCGCGGGGAGCAGCUGCCCCGAGGAGCCCACCCCCAUGUCUUCACCACCCUCCUCCAGGCGGGAGCGGGUGCGAGGUGCGGGGGGUGAUGAGCAGGCCCAGGCGGCCCCCAGAAUCCCCAGCCCCUCCCCACUGCAGCCCCAGGACGGGCAACCGAGGCGUGAGCCCUCUGUGCCCAGGGUCCUCGCUGGGGCAGCCCUGCCCCCCGCAGCGGCCCCUGCCCCCUGCCCCUGCCAGGGUCCGCGGGAGAGCUCGGGGGACGGGGAGGACCUCCCGUCGCCCCAGGCAGGAGCCCCACGGGCCGCUCCCUCCUCAGGAACCAGGACCCACCCCCGGGAGUCCAGGCAGCGCAUUGGCCUCCCGCCCCACCCCUCCCUCCUCAGCCCCAAGGUGACCCCCACGGGGGGCCUCCAUGCCAAAGACCCAGCCUUGCGGCCCCCACUCCCCUGCCAAGUGCCUCCUGGCUCCGGGCCCCGGGGCCCCGCCAGCCCUCAAGGGCCCCCGGCCACCCAGCAGCAGGACGAGCAGGACAGCCUGGAGGAAGAGCCGCCUCCGGCCCCUGGCAGCUGCUCGGACAGCCACGGGGAGUCGUCGGGGGAGCCAGAGGAGCAGGACCUCUCCGGACCCCAGGCCCCUCAGGGCCCAGCCCAGGCCGCAGCCAGUGGCACCGAGGAGACUGCAGCCAAAGCCAAGCAGAGCCGCAGCGAGAAGAAAGCCCGGAAGGCCAUGUCCAAGCUGGGCCUGAGGCAGGUGCAGGGCGUCACCCGCAUCACCAUCCACAAGUCCAAGAACAUCCUCUUCGUCAUCGCCAAGCCCGACGUGUUCAAGAGCCCGGCCUCCGACACCUACGUGGUCUUCGGGGAGGCCAAGAUCGAGGACCUGUCCCAGCAAGUGCACAGAGCUGCCGCCGAGAAGUUCAAGGUGCCCGUGGAGCCCUCCACCCUAGUCCCUGAGUCGGCGCCUGGGCCCCGGGUGCAGCCGGAGUAUGAGGAGGAGGAGGAGGGCGAGGAGGAGGAGGUGGACGAGGCGGGCCUGGAGCUGCGGGACAUUGAGCUGGUGAUGGCGCAGGCCAACGUGUCCAGGGCCAAGGCCGUGCGGGCGCUGAGGGACAACCAGAGCGACAUCGUCAAUGCCAUCAUGGAGCUGACCAUGUAGCCACUGGCCAGCCGGCCCCCCACCCCAGUGCUGCUGCUCAACAAACUUCCACCCCUGCCCCGCGGCCCUCAGCCAAGCGGGUGAGGCAGGACCUCCCGGAGCCCACGCCCAGGACGGUGGUCCCGCCCCAUGUCCUCCCCCGUGGGGUGGGGCCUCCAUUCCUCUGUUCUGGGGUGCACAAUGGUCCCCAAGAUUAUAGGCAGUCUGGUCACUUAGCUGUGGGCAAGGUGUGGGCCAGGGGACUGGGCUUCCAUAAGAACACCAAGCCUUGGGCGGUUCCCACAGGGGGUUCCCACGGGAGCUUCGGGAAGGAGACGCUGCAGGAAGGCAGCCCUGGCUUCUGGUGGCCUACCUCCCAGGGUCACCGUCCUCGUCACACCCUCCCCUCCAGACAGAACACAGGGACCCUGAGUGGGGUUCCCAUCCCAGCACAGGGUGUACGGGUGCCAGGAUGAGAGGGUGGGGGGACUCUGAGCAGAGGAGAGGCUCCUGGCUCCAUAAAGCGCAGGGUUCACGGCGCAGGGUGGGGCUGCAGCCUGCAGGCUCCCUGCUCGCACCAUCGGGGUUUGUGGAGCAGAGGCACCUGGGAGAGGGUGGCCGGGGCGUCCCCACACCUCUGUGCAGUCUCCAGGCUCCCCUGGGGUCACCCCACUGCCUCCCGCACUCAAAGGGCACAGAUGGGAGGCUGAAGCCCAGGGGCCGGGAUGGAGGGAUAAGGGGGACACGUUUGCUGUGGACCUUGGGGGCCUCAGUGAGAGGCCGUGCCCCCGGGCGCCUGGUGCCCACGUCCCUGCAGCGAGGGCCUGACAUUCACAUCACAGGCGCCCGGGACCCCUGUUCCCGGCCCCACGUCCAGGAAGCAAGAGCCCCAACGGGUCCUCCCCAGGCUGGCUCGGGAGCAGCCCAGCUCCCGCGGGCAGUGUCAGGCCAGGG